CAGCUCCACCACCAGCACCACCAGCUCCACCACCAGCACCACCAGCUCCUUCUCCAGCUCCAGUCUCGCUCCGCACUUUCUUCGACUGUUUCCUUCCUGCCCCCCACCCUCCUCCGACUUCUCUCGCCGUUGUCCGAGUCGACGUGGACAGAAAAACGGGGCGACAUUUCGGAUUCGUCUUCCGGCUCUUUCCACCGACGGGACGACCGGAACCAGCGGCAGCAUGGGGGCCUAUGAAGAGAAAAAGGAGGCGUGUGGAACCGUCUGUCUGAAAUACCUCCUGUUUACCUUCAACUUUCUCUUCUGGUUGGCGGGGGGCGUUGUGAUGGCGGUGGGCAUCUGGACCUUGCUCGAGAAGAGCGACUACAUCAGCCUUCUCUCCUCCAAGACCUACGCUGCCUCCGCCUACAUACUGGUCCUGGCCGGAGCCAUCGUCAUGGUAACAGGCGUGCUGGGCUGCUGCGCCACCUUCAAGGAGCAGAGGCGGCUGCUGCGAGUGUACUUUGUCCUGCUGCUGUGCAUCUUCCUGUUGGAGAUCCUGGCCGGCGUCCUGGCAUAUAUCUACUACCAGCAGUUGAACGAGGAGCUGAAGCAGAACCUGAGGGACACUAUGAUCCAGAAAUAUCAACAGAAGUCCCACGAACACAUCACGAGGGCUGUGGAUAAGCUGCAGCAGGAGUUCAAGUGCUGCGGCAGCAACAGUUCGGCCGACUGGGCCUCCAGCAUCUGGAUCCGCUCCCGGGACUCGGACAACCGGGAGGUGCCCGACAGCUGCUGCAAGAGUCCGACGGAGCUGUGCGGCCGCAGGAGCCACCCCUCCAACAUCUACAAGGUGGAGGGCGGCUGCAUCUCCCAACUGGAGAAAUUCAUCCUGGACCACCUGAAGAUCAUCGGAGCGGUCGGUGUUGGCAUUGCCUGCGUACAGAUCAUAGGGAUGGUGUUUACGUGCUGCCUGUAUCGGAGUCUGAAGGCAGAGCCGUACUGAGAGGAGCAGGAAGAAGAGGAGUGUGUGUGGGUGAAGGAGGAGACUUCAUCACUGCACGUCGAACGCAAGCAGCCCAUAGGUUCUUUUUUCUUUGCCCUGCACACAUCGGGAGGGGGCUUGGCACUGGAUCAAAUUGCACAUCAGAGGAUCGCGUCUUGGUGAACAAAGGGUGGAAAAACACUACAAGGUUUUUCUUUUUCUUCGAGUAAUUAGGCACUUAAAUUGCAGCCGCGUUGAAGAUCUGAGUGACUCUGAUGGAAAUCAGAACACAGUUUGUGUGAGUUGGCCUCCGCGGGACUGAAAGACACUGUAGUUUUCUUCCACUCCGAUUCCCACGGUGUACGUUGACGCGCGUGUGGACCGGGUGUGCUGCGCCCGCGAGUGGUGUAAAGAUCGGUGGAGUGAAACUGGCACUCUGCAGAAAAUGUUAAACCACGGUCGCAGCGGCGGCGGCGGCACCAGCAGCUUCUCUUUCCCAGCAGCGCGGUUCAUUUUGUUUUCACAUUAACUCGCCACUCGUGCAUUUUAUACCUUUGUUCCAUAGCGGCCUUUUUUAAAACUUUUUAACUGAAUUGUUUUUUGGAUUUUGUAAAUGAUUUUUCUCUAAACACCCGAGGUGCUUUCUUAUGAACCGUUAUUUUCCGCUUAAUGCCUUAUGCGUCUUCGAAGUGACAUGUCAGUGUUUGAUCAGGUUUUUAAUCCAAACCUAAAACCUGUUCAGAUUAUCUGACAGUGCACAACGUAACUGUGCCACUUGCAGAAUCCUAACUACCUGUACUACUCUGAGGUGUAAAUGUUACUGGAAGUGAUUUUGCCACUAAUGUUGCUCAUAAGAAAGUGCCUCGUGUUUUCAAUUUUACCGUCUUCUUUUUCUUUUUUUUUAUACGAGAGUUUUAUCCACCGAAGCCAAAGUUGUCAACAGUAACUUUUUGUAAGGACCUACUUCAUCCCUUCCAGCCUUUAUUCACUUAUCUAACGAUCUUCUCAAUAGGCCAUAAACAUAUGUAUUAUUGUAUUUAACGAGACACUGUGCUAGAACAUACAUAGUUUAUCACUGUAUUUGACGUAGCGUGCUUUCCCUGUGCGCCUCAGAGACGACACCGGAUUAAUCUGCUGUAUUUGAGUCUCUGUGAUAAUCCGCGGGAUUAUUUUGAGUUUGAAUAAACGUCAACCGACACUUCA